UCUACACUUUCGCUUGACGCCAUUUUGGUUGGGCAAUCGAAAAAACAAGAUUGAAGUGUUGGCGUGUGGUGUAUUAAAAUGUUGUUCGUUUUAAUAUUCUGAGAGUAUUUUUCCUGUGGUUUUACAUGUACAAAUAUAAGACUUAUUCAAAGAUUGUGAAUAUCGUCGUACAACCAUUUUGCAUUCAUCAUGUCUGCACACGAGCAAAUGAGGGCGAUGUUAGAUCAAUUGAUGGGCACAGCGCGCAAUGGUGAAACCGAUAAACACGGAGUAAAGUUUUAUGAUGAUGCAGUGUGCAAAUCGUUUUUGUUGCAAUGUUGUCCUCAUGAAAUAUUAUCAUCGACGCGUAUGGAUUUAGGUGAGUGUCCUAAAAUACAUGAUUUGGCCCUGCGUGCGGAUUAUGAGUUAGCAACCAAAACCAAAGACUAUUUCUAUGAUAUUGAUGCGACGGAACAUUUAGAGGCGUUCAUUGCCGAUUGUGAUAGACGCACUACUGCGGCAAAACAGCGUCUCGCUGAGACUCAAGAAGAACUGUCUGCUGAAGUCACGGAAAAAGCAAAUGCAGUCCAUGAACUCGCCGAACAGAUUGGACAAAAGCUCGCCAGGGCGGAGGCCCUUGGAGAGGAGGGAAUGGUGGAAGAAAGUGUAAAACUCAUGGGAGAGAUUGACGAGUUGCGUAAAAAGAAAGGCGUUGCUGAGCAGGAAUACCGCAACUCAAUGCCUGCGUCGUCAUACCAACAGCAGAAGUUGCGUGUGUGCGAAGUGUGCUCCGCAUACUUGGGUAUCCAUGAUAACGACAGACGUCUUGCCGAUCAUUUCGGAGGGAAAUUACAUCUUGGAUUUAUCACUAUACGUGAAAAACUUGCUGAAUUGAAGAAAACCGUAGACAAGCGUCGCGAGGAGCGUGGGGCGUCUGAACGCGAGCGCGGCGGGGGCCGGCGGCACUACGUCGGCGGCCGCGAGCUGGACCGCCGCGCGCGCCGCCACCGCGAGACCGCGCGCGACCGGGACCGCGACCGCGACCGCGCCAAGGACGCCGACCGCGCGAAGGACGGCGAGCGGGAGCGGGAGCGCGAGCGCGGGAAGGACAGGGAGCGUGACCGCGACCGCGACAGGGAACGUGAGCGCGAGAAGAGGCGGACCAGGUCCCGCAGCAGAAGCAAGCGCGAUGGCUCCCGCGAGAAGUCUCGCGGGCGGGAGCGCGACCGCGAGCGCGAGGCGCGCCGCAGCCGCUCGCACCGCUCGGGCUCGCGCGACCGCCGCCGCGACUGAGGCCGCGCCCGCCUACUUUGUUCCAACAAGGCGGCACGAAUAACACAUUAUAUCGAUGAUCGAUGAACGCUUACAAAUGAUACUUUUCGUAUCUAUACAAACAUUACCGUUAAUUUAUUCAUAGGAGUAACGUGCUGCCUUAUUUCGUAACAAGUAUCGUUCGUGCCAGCCUUCUGAAACAAACCUAUACCUAGCGACAUUUUUCGCGUCUCAUUAGAUAUCUAAACAUUUCCAAUUUAAAGUUAAUUUCGUUUUGCUUUUAGUUCCUAUGAUACGAGUGGUUUGUUUGUAAUCCAAUUUAAUAAAAGUUGAGGUAACUUUGACAUAAAUGUAUUCUCUUACUUUAGCCUAUGUUCUUUUAAGUAGUUUUCUUUGUUCGGAUUUUCGAUUUCGUUUAAAUAAUUCAUAACUUUUCAUACGUUUGUGUCAAUUUUUCUUUUUUUUUAUUAACAUGGAUUUAUACAGACUUAAGACUGCGUGCUACACGCUUAUUUGAUACGCCGGUUACGACUGUUGAAGUGCGUUACACUUGGUAUGGCUUACGGAUGUGCCUAGGACGCACUUUUUAUUAAGCUCGAGAAACACUAGGCAUAUCGAGACUCCACUGGUACAAUUUUAACUGGUAACCAGAAGCGAGCAAUAGGUUGUGCUGCAAUCAAUAUUGCACUUAUCUUUUUAGGUCGAUUAUAUGUUGAAUAUUUUCUUACUUUUGUGCGAUGCGUCUAUAUUAUACAUAAUCUGGUGCUGACAAGACCUGUCGUAGUAAAACCUAAAAAAAAAUUAUGCCACUUAUUUUGUUUUCUGUUACAUCGACUACCUCCUAAAUUGGUCCGGGUCUGUGAGAUCGCAUGCCUUUUCGUGCAGGGUGUUUUAGUCCAGCCAUAUCCAUAUAAUGUUAAUGAUUUUGUCGAAUGUGCCAAAUCAGAUAAGGGUGUUGCAUGUUUAGAUUGACAGACAAAAGCAAUAUUUGGAUAGUUUGUAAUCCACUCGAUAGAUUGUUUGUUGUUUAUAAUAAUAAGCAUAAGAAUAAUUUUGCAAUAAGAGGUGUGAUUUAAUAAUUUAGUGGCAUGUAGGUUUAUGCAUGGUUGACAUGUGUGAGUAUAAUUACAUAAAAUUACAAUUUAUUUUGUAAUAAAGAUAUUUAUCACAUUCAGUUGUAGGUAGCUGUUAAUGUUUAGACUGAAAUUAAAAUGAAAUCGAGGAUGGUGGGUGGCUGAGUUUGUAAAGUCUUGAAAUUUAAUCUCGUAGUUUUUUAUUUUUAGGUUAACUAUAAGUUUCAGGGAAAUUAUGUUUUGGCUUAUUUUACUUUGUAUUUAGUUUGACGUUAUUUUCUGAGUAUACAUCAAAGGCUUUACAAGAUAAGCUCAAAACCACAUUUUAUCUCUAACAAGAAACAUUCAUCAGUUUAGGUAGAAAAUAAUACUAUCUAUGUUUUAUUAGGAUUUAAAUGUUUGACUUUUUAGUUUUAUUCAAAAUGCACUUUGCCUUGUAUAUUUCAUUUUUAUCGAUUUUUGUGAUAUGAAGGAUAUUUAUAAACAUGUCAUAAUAAGUAAAUAUGUCAGCGAUAGCACAACGAGUUGAAUGGAAUACCCCGAGCAUUCAAAUUACGGAAGUUACUUUAUGUAAAAAUGCUAUAAAGGAUGUGCUACAUAUUUUUUGUUAUUAUAAUAAAUCGGUAUGUUAGAAAAUCA